AUGACAUACAGUGUAGUAAAUUUCAGUUAUCUACUUUGAAUCCAUUGAGAAAUAUUCUUUUCAUGAGAGUUCAGCACAGAGCUAGGUGUAAUAUGUCAUCCCAUUAACUCUGGAUAUAAUCAUAUCCAACAUCAAAUAGUGCACAGCAUUUAUUUCAUAAUUCCCUAAUUUCUUUCUACAAUAAAAACUUCAUGCAACAGAUCUCUAACUGCAGAUAAGUAGAAGUUCAUUUUAAUAGGUUCAAAUAACUUAUUUUAUUUGUAUAUUCAUGACCAAAAGAAAAUGUAGCUUUAUGGGGACAUACAUUGUAUGCCUGGAUCUGCAGUAUUAAUGCAAAUUAACACAUUUCUUGAAAUCUGAAUUUGAAAAAGGAUUAUUUACUAUCUUUUCUACAGCCAAAAUGUUAUUGUAACUAUGAAAUUUAUUCUUUAAAAAAUGGAGUCUAAACAUGAUAAUUGCAAUCUUUUACAGAUUUUUAAAUACUGAUCCUGUAGUGAAAGUGAAUUUACAUAUGCAUCAAAUAUUUGUAUUUGCAAAUCUUUUCAAUUUCAUUACAAAAAUAUAUAGAGAAAAAUAGUUUUUCUUUUUAAGUAUAGCCUUGAGUGACAGAAGGAUGAACAAGAGACCUGCGGAAGAGAGGUGUGGCAGGCCAAAUUGGACUGGCAGUAUAUAUUACAUGUUGUAUGUCCUAGAGAGGAAAAAUUAUAUUGUUCUGUUUUACACUGUGAGAAACUUUUUCGCUGUCAGAAUGCUAGAUCUGGGGUCCCUCAAUAAAGCUAAAUACUGUAAUGUAAGAUUCAGGAUGAGAAAAUGAAAGUGCUUCUUUACACAGUAUAUCCUGUGUACAGUAAUUUACUAUAGCCUAGAUUGUGGUUAUCAGCUUAAGAUGGCUGUAAAGGGAAUUCAUGGGAGCAUACAGCUACCGAUAGCUACUAUCCAUGAUGUCUAUGUUACAAUUUUGUUGACCAGAAACUGUGGAACAACUGCAGAAGAGGACUGUUUUGUUCAUGCCCUGCAGUAAACUUACAGAGCAUUUGGCCACUCUAGUAAAGAGGAUUUAAACUAGAUAUACCUCUGGUCUAAUCCAGCAGUUUAUACAGAUAGAGUUAUUAAUAUACUCUAUGUGAAAAUAUAUGAGCACUUUAAACAACUAAUAUAAAUACCAUUAUUAAAAUACCUCUCUCCCAGCUCCCAACUCCAAGAUAGGGAAGAAUAAAUAUUCCAUGCUGCCCCUUUGUGCACCAUAUCAUCCAAAGUGAUGAAGUUAGUAGCUAAAUUCUUACAAACCUUCAAAAUCUGCUCUAGAUAUACAGGUUGAUAGAUGGAAGAACUUCUUUAGGAGUGCAAUGAAGCUGUUCCUUAUCCUACUCCCAAAUGCAUUUUGGACAUGCCCCAAGGUCUCCUCUACUUGAAACUUUCCAAACAAGUUUACAUUCAGCACUUAGCACAUGAAUGAUACUUAGGCCUGUAAACAGCUUUUUUCUCUUUUAGCCUAUGACAAGGAAAACUCAUUUCUAGGCAAAUAAGGACACUUCAGUUUCUAAAGAUUGAAGAUUUGAUUUUUCUGUUUAAUUUCAAGGCUAUUAAUGUAUCCCAAACCUUUGGACUUAUUAGCUACUUGGAGCAGCUGUGCUGAAGGAGAGGAUUAAACAAAAAUCACAUUAAAAAGUAUGUUUGGAAGGCAUUUAAGCCUAAUAUUGUACAGUAUUCCUUAGCACGCUUUGUAGCCAGUGUGUUUUGCCAGAUAAACCUACAUGUCCAUGUUCCUUUGACGUUUCAACUCCUCCCUUUCCUUAAUACGGUUGCCUUCCCUCCUGUGCUUCCACACAGAGCAGCCAGUCUGCUGUAUUGAUUUAUUUAUUUUAAGGACGGUCGAUACUGUUGAUUUGCUGCGCAGGUUUAGAAAGCCAUUUCGGGCACUUUUCGGCGACUUUUUUAAACAAGUGAAACAGAAACAGCAACUAACCAUCUGAUUCUAAAAGCAAGACGGAGCCCGGUGAAUUUGAAGACCUGGUGCCAAAUUAAGGCGCAUUAAUUCUUCUAUAAACAAAAGGCCUCUAGUGGACGUUCAGAGCAGAGGUAGCUCCCAUCUUUCUCAGGCUGAGCCGGCAGGCACGGAACCGCUUAGUCGAGAAGUUUUCGAAAGGUUUCCCCGCGGGCAUUCCUGGGGCGGGGGAAGGGGAGCACUCUGCACGCGCCCUGGGACUCGCUCCCCUUUCUUCUCCCUUCACUUCGUCUUCCCGCGGCUGCGACUGAAGGCCGGCCCACCGUGCAGCGGUUUUUCCUAGUAAGAGAGAGGGAAAUCCUUCCCCUUCUCAGCCGCCAAAACAGCCUCCGGCCAGCAGGGGCAGCCCGGUUCUGCCGGAAGCCCCGCGAUCAAGUUGUUGGUUCUCCAGCCGUCGGCGGCGGGGCGAGGAACGAGCAACGCCUCGACUUGGCGGGCUGGAAAAACAAAGGCGAGGCCUGGUAUCGCCCGAUCUUCGCUUGCCUUCCCUGUCCUGCUGUUCGAUGAAAGGGAUUAACGCCACCAGGUAACCACGUGCCAGAGCCCGCCCUUUCUUGCAGCCACAAGCGGCCCCUGCCUUCUCCCCUUCAGGCGCGGCGCGGCUGGUGGGAGCGGAUCUUCUCCUGGCUCCCCUCGUCGUUAUCCGCGGUCGCAGGGAGCAGUCCGCGCAGGGCUUACCCCGUCUGAGGCAAAAACCUCUCCACUCCCCCGUUCAGCGCCCACAAGCGGAGCGCGCCCGUGCAGCUCCCUGGUCAAACACAAAGGGCUCCGUUUCGCCUCUUCGGGCAGCCCAGCCGCAGGCUCUCCUUCCUGGGCGGCAGGGACAGCGCGCCCCGUUGCGCCCAGCUUGCAAACUGGAUCACCGUUUUCCGCUCGUCCUUUUUGAAAAAACCGCUCUUCUCAAACUCUGGAGGAACAUUCUCCUCUCUCGAGAGGAAUCCAGAUGUCUGGAAAAAACCGUUUCCUAACUGUAAUGUGAACCUAAAGAAGAGCCAAACAUCAAUAAUUCAGAAAAACUAUAAACAAAUAAAAUGAGUGCUUCUGGAGGGAAUUGUGGAAGUCCCAACUCCACAGAACCUGCAGCUGACUAUUUUAAGGAACUGUGGUCCAAACUGAAAGAAUGUCAUGAUAAAGAAGUCAAAGGAUUAUUAUCAAAGAUCUCUAAACUGAAAGCAGAAAGGUGUCUGGAUGCAGCAAGGCUUGAUGAGUUCUAUACAAAAAACCAGCAGCUUAGAGAACAACAAAAAUCAUUGCAUGAUACUAUUACAGUUUUGGAAGAUCGGUUAAGGGCAGGAUUAUGUGAUCGUUGUGCAGUAACCGAAGAGCAUAUGAAGAAGAAACAACAGGAAUUUGAAAAUAUCCGGCAGCAGAACCUUAAGUUAAUCACCGAACUGAUGAAUGAAAGAAACAACUUACAGGAUGAAAAUAAAAAGAUUUCAGAAAAGCUUCAGAAGAUGCAGCAAAAAAUUGAGGAGCAAGAGCAAUAUCUGGAAGGGAUUAUUCCAGAUUCACCAGUUAAGUCAGUGUCACUUUCAAUGGUUAAUCGAAUGCGUCGAAAACGAGAAAAUAGGCAUGUCCGGUACACAGAACAAAAGUGCACAGAUUUGGAAAAGAAGGGAAGAAUCCAUGAAGUUGGAAAUAUCCUAUCGUCAUCCACUCAAAAGCAUGUUUCUUCUGAAGAAGAAAUAUUGGUGGCAGAUACAUGUGAUUCACAGUUGUCCACAGAUUCAAGCAAAGAAAUGAAAGGAGAAUGUCCCAAUUCAGUCCAAUUUAAUUUGAAGGCAGUUGUUGCAGAAACACUUGAAUGUGAUGGGCAUGAAUCUUACAGCAAACCACUUGGAGUUACCAGAAAACAAUUGAUUCAAGGAUGUUAUAAAAGUAAUAGCGACAAUUUGGAAUUUUCAGACCCAUCUGAGGAUCCUUCCCCACCUACAACAUGGGGUUCCAAGAUACCUUCUCCUGUGUUCGGGGCAGCUGGCAAUGUUAAAAGCAGCUUAGGCCUAAGCAUAAGUCUCUCCCCGUCUGUUUUAGCAGCAGAGAGAAAAUCAAAUCUGAAAAACAGCCCCAUCAACAAUUUUUCCCUUUCAAGAUCUGAGAAAGUAAGAUCAAAAUCUGAAGAUGUUCCUUUUGUGAGCCUUGGGACUGAAAUAAUAACAGUUAUCAAUCAAGCUCCAACUGGUAGGCAAAUGGCUUUGAAACAGAAUACAGAGGAGCCCAUAACAUGUGUGACCAACACGCAUCUGGAUAAAGAUGACAUCAUCAAGAGUGGCUUCCUUCUUGCAUCACAGAAACUGUUAGGAAGCAGAUGUUCUAAAAGGAAAAAAAUUGAUGAGAAGAGCAGCCAUGUAAUCCGCUGUGAAAAAGAAAAUGCUUUCCCAUCCUAUGCAGAUAUUUCUGCUAUUGCCAGAGAUAACACAACUGAUAAACCUUUAGAUCUUUCUGAUCGCUUUUCUGGUUUUCACUGUGAAAAAAUAAGUACCGAGAGCUCCAAGAUAAAAUUGAGGCAGGCAACUCUCCAUGAUGUUUUUCAACCACUAGUGAAAGAUUCUUCCUCUAAAAUCACCAACAGUAAUUAUUUAAUGAACAAAGAUUCACAAGAGAAUCCCUCCAUACAAGAAGCAAUCCUGAAAUCCCUUAGCAAAGUGCCCCCAGUGAAAGAACAUGAAGUAAAAAUAAAAGAGGAAAUUGCUAAUUUUUCUAAUCCACCUUUGUCAGAUGAUGAAGAUAGGAAAGAGGUUGCUGGUGAUCAUGAACCAAUAAAUAAGAGAAUAAGAUCAGGACAUGGAAUGGGUGAACCGGCAUCAGUACUUCAGCCAAAUCCUUGCAGAGUGACAAAAAUCACAGAGCUCGACAAUGAACAAGAUAAAACAUCUUUGGAAAAUGUGCAAUGGAGUAUAGAUCCAGGAGCUGACCUUUCCCAAUACAAAAUGGACGUUACUCUGAUUGACACAAAAGAAGGAACUCAAACAAGAAUUGCAUCAGAGACCCUGGACAUGGACUAUACAUGUAUCAGUGACAGUAUUCUAUUAGGAAUUAAAAAACAAGGACAGAAAGAAGUAAGCAGUCCAAAAGGAGAAAAAAGAGAAAAGGAUACCUUAGCAGAAAUAUUUGAUCAGACAUCUUAUGAAGAAUAUGAAUCCUAUUUAGAAGAUGACAAUCUUCCAGAAUGUGACCAUAAGAAUUCUUCUGAGGAAGAUGGAAAAGAAAAAAGAAGCAUACAAAAGGAAGGAGACAAACAAAAUAAAAUGAGGCAGAAGGCUUUUGUGGAUGAUCCUGCUUUUAAAAGUGAUGAAAGAACAAACCUUGUAUUGGGUUUUCCUCACAUUGAAGUAGUGCGGAAAAAAGAAGAAAGAAGAAAAUUACCUGGCCACACUUGUAAAGAAUGUGAAAUAUAUUAUGCAGAGUUGCCAGAAGAAGAGAGAGAGAAAAAAGUAACUACCUGUUCUAGACAUCGAUCUCGUUAUGCUCCUCCUGACACGCCAGAACAUUUCUGGGAAGUUGGAUUCCCUUCCACACAAAUGUGUGUUGAAAGAGGUUAUAUAAAAGAAGAGUUUGCUCCCUGUCCACGUCCCAAAAGAAGGCAGCCUUAUAAUGUGAUGUUUUCUCCAAAAGGCAAAGAACAAAAAACAUAACUGGGAAGGAAGUAAAAAAAAAACUAAAAUAGACAUUUUUGUUUCAAUUCGUAUUUAUAAUCGAUUAAAAGAUAAAUAUUAAAGAGAACUGGGAAUUCCCUUUCCUUGUUCUGUUUGAAAACUAUAACCUCUAAAUGCAACUAUUUAAUGUAAAGAAUAUGUAUGUAUUUGUAGAUACAUUUUUGUGUCUUGGCUGAUUUUGCACCUUGUGUGUACUUCUGAUCCUUUGGAGGUCUACAGUUUAGCUCGCUGCAAUUAAGCUUGGUGUAAGUUAGUGUGAUUUAUUUGGACCAAGCAAAGUUGCAACUGCUCAUUUCAGGUCUAGAAUAGUUCCAUGAAGUUUAGGUGGAACCUUGUAGGGUGCUUCUAUUUUGCACUUGAUAAUUUAAUGCGUAACCAUUUGCUUUUUGUAAUAAUUUUUGAAAAAUAUAUAAUAAA